UUUAAAGUGUAAUCUAUGUUAUAUCAGACUAUAAUGUUUCAGAAGUAUCCUCCAAUCAUGGGAAGUGGGAUCUUCUACAGUUUAUUUUAGGUAAAAUCAGAUUUAGCAACUACUUUUCCAUCCUCUAGUAGGAAGAAAACGUAUCCACUCUGUCUACAAGUUUAAUUUCUUUAGGUAAUACUACAUGAACGCUGAAACCAAUGCCUCUGUUUCCUUCUAGAAGAGAGAACUGGAUUAAAUGGGCCCACAGAAUCUGACAGUACUGACUGAAUUCAUUCUAGUGGGAGUCACAAGGCGCCCUGAGCUGCAGCAUCCCCUAUUUGCAGCCUUCCUUGUCAUCUACUUGAUCACAGUGGUUGGAAACAUGGGCCUGAUCAUCCUGACCAAGGCAGACUCCCACCUACAGACACCUAUGUAUUUUUUUAUCAGACACCUGGCCUUCAUUGAUCUUGGUAAUUCUACUGCUAUUUAUCCCAAGAUGCUAGUAAAUUUUGUUGUGAAUCAAAAUACCAUAUCCUAUUAUGCUUGUGCCACACAAAUGGCUUUUUACAUUCUGUUCAUUAUCAGUGAAUUCUUCAUCCUGUCAGCCAUGGCCUAUGACCGCUAUGCAGCCAUCUGUAACCCUCUGCUCUACAAUGUUAUCAUGUCCCAGAAACUUUGCUAUGCACUCGUGGGCAUUCCAUAUCUCUACAGCACCUUUCUGUCCCUGAUGGGCACCAGUAAGAUUUUUAUAUCAACCUUCUGUGGCUCUAACAUCAUCAGUCAUUUCUACUGUGAUAAUACUGCCUUGAUACCUUUGCUCUGCUCAAAUGCACGAGAAAUAGAAUUGUUGAUCAUAAUAUUUUCAGCACUUAAUUUAAUUUCCUCUCUUCUGGUAGUCCUGGUCUCCUACGUGCUGAUUCUGACAGCUAUAUUUCGAAUGAAUUCUGCUGAGGGCAGGAAAAAAGCGUUUUCCACAUGUGGUUCUCAUCUGACAGUGGUGGUUGUGUUCUAUGGAACUCUGUUAUUUAUGUAUCUUCAGCCUAAAUCUGCUCGUUCCUCUGAUACUGACAAAAUGGCAUCCGUGUUUUACACUUUAGUCAUCCCCAUGCUGAACCCUUUCAUUUACAGUUUAAGGAACAAAGAAGUAAAACGUGCCUUUAACAGGGUGUUCAAGAGGCCAUGCAAACUUCUAUUUGAUACUCAAUAGAUAAUAUUGUUUUAAUGAAUUUUUGAAAAUGACAAAUGCCACAUAAAAGCAUUUCUAGUAUACACAAUUACAUUCUCUUUGGUUCCAGA